AUGUGCCCUGAAACUGAGAUUAAACUGCUAAACUUUGCCUUAAUACCAAACCGUUCCAUCAGUAGCAUGCUCUUUCAUGAGGUAGAUAUAGCAACAUAUGAUUCUAACAAGGAGGAGGAGGGGGCCUUGUCUACUGAAGAAAAACUUGUUUUCAAAAAUAUGAUGGAGAAGGUGUCCUCGCCCCAAUUGUCUACUGAGAUCGAUGCUGCUAAGGAACUGAGCAAGAUGGCAAAAGUGCAUUCGAUCAUGGUGUUAUUAGCUGAAGCAAGAGAGACCGUGACACAACUAUUGUCAACCUUCUACAAACUCCUUGUUGAUGGUCUAAGGGGUGGCACAAUGCAGGCUAGGGGCAAUGCAGAUGCUGCCCUUAACAAGCUGUCAUGUCUUAGGCCACAAAAGACCAUGAUUCGGGGAUAUGGCGCGUUGGAGCCCCUCAUCGCACUGUUUGAUGAAGGGGAUGAUUUUGCAGUGAAGGAAGCUGCCUUUACUAUUUACAAUCUCUGUCUAAUGCCUAUAAAUAAUGUGCGAGCCGUUAGAGAUGGUGCUGUUAGAGUGUCAAUAAAAAGGAUCAAUGACGGAGGGAUUGUGAAUCACGCACUGUUUAUCCUUUUAAUGGUUGCCAACAACCCGAAUGCAAUAGAGCAGAUAAUGGAGCACGGUGGAAUCUCUUGCCUAUUUGAAACCAUAAGGAAUACUCCCAGUUCCCGGAUAAGGAUAUUAGUGUUUCCAUCCUACACACGAUUUGCAGUUGUGAUCCUGCCGCGUGGAGGGAGAUGGAACACAAAUAAAGGAUGCAUCUGA